GAGAGACGCUUUGCAGACCUUCGCAGACACCGGGCGAGUCUAUAAAAGGAAGCGGCUUCCGAUUUGCCGACUCAAACGCGGCAGGACAACGUAACCGAACGAACGCCAAAACACACUCUCCCGAGGCACGAACUACGAAGCAGAGGGAACCACGAAAGGAGCUUGCGGCAAAUCAGCAAUCGGCGGGCGGCGUCUCUCGCGGACAAAGACCGGUUACAAUAACAAAGGAAGUGGAUCGCGGGGAGGCAGCCAGGAAGCGGAAAAACAGCGGAAGUGCAGCCAUUUGCACUGCCCUCAGCCGCGCCCAGAACGGGGCAACAAGGAAGCGGGCGAAAGGGAUUCAGGAAGCAGACCAAGGAAAUUACUUUUGGCCAGAAAUUGAAUUGAAGUCGAGCCAUUCCGAUGGGCACUCCUCAUGUUUGCUUUGCCGACGAGCUGCCGCAGUCGCAGCAGCCGAGGCGCAAGGAGAAGGAGGCCUUCUCCAACGGGAGCAACGGGAGCAACGGGAGCCUGAACAACAACAACCAUUUGGGGAAGAAGUCCAUGUCGGAGCUGGAGGUGUGCUCCUCGCCGGGCAGCAGCCUCAGCGUGUCGCCAGUGCCCCGCUUCGAGCGGAACUUGGGCUUCUUUCGGCAGCUGAGCCGACGCUUCGGCCUGAGGUCGCAGGAUGACCUACUUCAGUCGGAUGACGCAGUCGCCGCCGCUGCAGUGGCAGUUGCAGCCGUGCAGCACCAACAACACCAACAGCAGCAACAGCAGCAGCAGGAGGAGGAUGCACACAGUUCAUCGACCGACUCGUGCUCCUCGGGGCGUGGCCUGGCCGCACACCAGUCGCGACUGGAGCUGAUGUCCAUGUCGUGCGCCUCCAGCGAGACGAGCAGCACCCUGGACAUUGAGGAGCAGCAGGAGCACCUGCAGCAGCAGCAGCACCAGCGCCAGCAGCUCCAAUUGAAGCUGAAGCAAACGAACCGUGCCAGCUUCUCGCGGCUGCAUCGUCGCUCCACAUCCUCGCUGCGCCGCGCCUUCGAGAGUCUCUCGCUGACCUCACGCUCGCUCUCGUGCAGCGGCCCAUCGCCACCGCCGCCUCCCCCUCCGGCGGCCGCCACCCACUCGGCAAUGCCACUGAAGUCGGCUCUCAAGUCCGCCUCGAACGUGGAGCUGCACGAGCAGCAGCCGAGCAGCAGGCCGACGGCCGUCUCCAAGUGCGGCACUGGCGGCUCCUGCAACGCCGCAACGUCGGCGUCGGUGGGCAAGAGCGGGGGCAAGGGUAAGCCGCCGCCACAGAGAAUUCUGCGGCAGCCCGUCUCCUACACAUAUCUGAAGGGCAUGUCCGGCCUGCCCACCCAGCGGGUGCCGCGCAGCUCCGUCUGCUGUCAGUAUGCGAGGCGUUAGAAGGACU